UCUGUGUGUGUGUGUCUCUGGUGUGUGUGUGCCUGCGCACACUCGCGGGCGCAGAGCUGGAAAUGCUGAGACAGACAGCUGGUUUAUUUUUGGGUCAGUGACAGUGUGUCAAUGGCCGCAGAUGCGUCGGAAAGGAAGGCUCUGAGAUACCAACAGACCCUGCUGUAUGGGGAAUACAGCGAGCACCCGAGUGGGUCUGGCCGCCGAAGAGAGGCCACCCGACUGCUAACAGAGAGACAAUGGAAGAAACACGACCACCAUCAACAUGGUCACCAUCUGCAGCAUCGCCAUGGCCACCAUCACCACAGCCACCACCAUGGCCACCCCCACAGUCACACACAUGGACACGGGCACCACAGCAGGCACAGGGGUCGGCAUCACUCGGAUGAGGCAGGACCUGCACAUACGGCUACAGAGCAAGGCAACCCUUUGUCUAUAAAGAAACGCCGCUCCUACUCAAAGUGCAGAGACUGUGUAGCGCGGGUACAGAGGUUCCUGGUCACCAAGCUGGGAGAGGACUGGAUCUUCCUGGUGCUGCUGGGCGUCUCAAUGGCGCUGGUCAGCUGGACCAUGGACUACACCAGCGCCAAGAGUCUACAAUUGUACAAGUGGAUUCACUGGGAGCUGAGGGGUAAUGUCCUGCUCCAGUACCUGGCCUGGGUCAGCUAUCCUAUGGUGCUCAUCAUGUUCGCCUCCUCCUUCUGCCACCUGGUUGCCCCACAAGCCAUCGGCUCUGGUAUUCCUGAGCUGAAGACCAUUCUCAGAGGCGUAGUGUUGAAGGAGUAUCUGACUGUCAGGGCUUUUACUGCCAAGGUCAUUGGUCUGACUGCAGGUCUGGGCAGUGGGAUGCCAGUGGGGAAAGAGGGCCCAUUUGUUCAUAUAGCCAGCAUCUGUGCUGCUGUGCUGAGCAAGUGUAUGAUGUUCUUCUCAGGAGUCAAUCAGAGCCCAUACUGCUACACAGACAUCCUUACAGUUGGCUGUGCGGUUGGGGUGGCUUGCUGUUUCGGUACCCCUCUUGGAGGGGUGCUGUUCAGUAUAGAGGUGACGUCCACUUACUUUGCUGUGAGGAACUACUGGAGAGGUUAUUUUGCCGCCACCUUCAGUGCCUUCAUAUUCAGAGUGCUCUCUGUGUUCAACAAAGAUGCAGUCACCAUCACUGCUCUCUUCCGCACCAAGUUCCGCAUGGAUUUCCCCUUUGACCUCCAGGAGCUGCCAGCGUUUGCCAUCAUCGGGAUCUCCUGCGGGUUCCUGGGGGCCUUCUUCGUCUGGCUGAACCGCCAGGUGGUGCUGUUCAUGAGGAAACCCAAUGCCAUGACACGCUUCCUCACCAGACACCGACUGAUUUUCCCCGGUGUUGUGACCUUAGUGAUAGCCACCUUGACCUUUCCCCCUGGAUUUGGACAGUUCAUGGCUGGAGAGCUGAUGCCCAGAGAAUGCAUCAACUCACUGUUCGACAACUUCACCUGGACUCAAAUCUGGCGCUCCCCCCCUCCCCCCGGCCUGGGGCGCUCCUCUGCCUGGCUGCACCCCGACGUCAGCGUCUUCGUCAUCCUCCUCCUCUUCUUCGUCAUGAAGUUUUGGAUGUCUGCUGUUUCGACAACGAUGCCCAUCCCUGCUGGAGCCUUCAUGCCUGUCUUCAUACUCGGAGCCUCUUUCGGCCGACUGGUAGGGGAGAUCAUGGCUGCCCUCUUCCCCCACGGGAUUCUGUUUGAUGGAAUCUUGUACCGCAUCAUCCCAGGAGGGUACGCUGUCAUUGGAGCGGCUGCACUGACCGGGGCGGUGACCCACACGGUGUCCACGGCGGUGAUCUGCUUCGAGCUGACGGGACAGAUCUCCCACAUCCUGCCCAUGAUGGUGGCGGUGAUCCUGGCCAACAUGGUGGCCCAGGGCCUGCAGCCCUCGCUCUACGACUCCAUCAUCCAGAUCAAGAAACUGCCUUACCUCCCUGAGCUGGGCUUUGGACACAUCAGCCAGUAUAACAUCUUUGUGGAGGACAUCAUGGUUAGGAAAGUGAAGUUUCUCUCGUUACAGUCCACCUACAGGGAGUUGAUAUAUCUUCUGGACUCCAUUUCUCUCAAAACAAUACCACUAGUGGAUUCAACAGAUUCUAUGAUCUUAUUGGGCUCCAUCGACCGCUCAGAGCUCCACGCUCUCUGUGAUUGGUGGCUCUCUGCAGAGAGGCGUAUCUUCAGGCAGGAACAGUGUUUACAGGAACAGAACCAGUAUGCCAAAGACAGCUGGGAAUCCUUUGCCUUUGUGGAUGAAGACGAUGAGGAGAGUGGAGAUAAGAGCACCCCAGUUCAGGAAGAACGAAAUGGCCCCCUGCCGUCCCCUAAACCGCAGGAGCCCUCGUCCAAUCACACAGCUCCUGACAAGGGCCCUCUUCAGUCCGUUAGGAGAACUCUGUGGAAUAUAUUCUCCUCCCAAGACAAACAGGCAGAGGUACAGUCACAGGAGCCUCGCGCCAACCCUCUCCUGUCCGAUACGAUGACACCAGAAGAGAUCAAAGAAUGGGAGGAGGCUGAGAUGGACAAGCCAAUGGAAAUUGAUCAGAUCCGAAUAGAUCCUUCCCCUUUUCAGCUGGUGGAGAGGACCUCACUACACAAGACCCACACACUCUUCUCAUUACUGGGCCUGAGUCAUGCCUAUGUCACCAGUAUCGGAAAACUGGUGGGUGUUGUGGCACUUAAAGAGCUCCAGAAGGCCAUAGAAGCCUCUACGCAUAGCGGGGUCCGGCUACGCCCCCCCCUGGCCAGCUUCCGCAACAUCAGACGGAAGUCAUCCAAGCCCCAGACAACCUCAGCCCCCACCGCCCCCUCCUCCCCUCUCUCCCCCGCUCCCGUCGUCCCUCACGCCCCUGCACCGCCACCUCCCCCGACGCAGGAGGAGGAAGAGAUGGCGGUGUGGAUCGAGGGCACGAGGCGGGAGGUAGUGGCGGUGAACAGCAGUAGUAGCAGCAGCAGCAGCGGAACAGGGAGCAGCAGUAGCAACGGUAGCCCUUCGCUACCCCACUCGUUGCCCCUCUCCCUCCCCCUCACCUCGCCCCUUUCCAUUCCCCUCACUGUCGCCCUCUCCGUCCCCCUUGCUGCCUUCUCCACCCCCCUCCCCGCCCUCCGGGCUGCCACAGAGCAGCAAGUGGAGGAGGAGGAGGAGGAGAGUAAUGAUGAGGAGCCCAUCUAGCCUUUUUGACGAGUGCUGUUUUUUUUUAUAACGUGUUUUUUUUUAAUAUGGUGUGAAUUUCUCUUUUAGUCUUUCUCUAUCCCUUUAUUUUCUCUCUCUCACUAUCGAGCUUUCCCUCCGUCUUUCCUCUCUCGGUGAAUGAUGUCUGAAUCCAUGAGGAGAAAUAAUCUGGGCUCCAUAGUAGUACUUGACUUUUUAAGAUCAUUGGUUUAAUUUUUUWUUUUAUUUAACCUUUAUUUAACCCACCUUUAUUUAAACAGGAGACAAUGGCUACCGGUGGUGUUUCAAUAGCUAAAAAUUCAACAAGGCCCACCCUGUGAGGGAGUUCUAUGAUCACCAUGCUGGGUUGAUAGAUGACAGUGUUAAAUCAGACUGACGACAGCCAACUCAGAUGUAAUGAUGCUAGAGAUUUUUUACUUAAUAAUGCUAUGGCUACAAACGGAACAGCCACCAUCCACCCCCCUUUGUAAUUUAGAUUAAUCGCUCACUUGAUGAUAACACAAAACAAACACAUGCUGAAUGAUUUUAUGAUGGUGAAUUUUCCUG